UCUUGUCGCCGCCGCGCGCGCCCGACAGCCCGCCCCAGUACGGCCCGCCGCCCCCUCACUACAAGGAGCCCGGGAUGCCCUACGACUUCGCCUACGCCGUCAAGGACGACUACACCGGCAACGACUUCGGCCAGAACGAGAGCAGUGACGGACACGUAACCAGUGGGUCGUACUACGUGGCGCUGCCCGACGGCCGCUUGCAGAAGGUGUCCUUUACGGCGGACCACAAGGCCGGCUACGUGGCUGACGUCACCUACGAGGGCGAGGCCACCUACCCGCCCACCCGCCCGCCCGCCUAUGGGCCCCCCGCCCCCUACGCCUAGAUCGCCCCACCAUUCCCCCUGGCCAGUAACUUAUUGACCCCGCGCCCCCGCGGGACACCGCUCCUGUAAAUAAAGACAUCGCUGUA